UGACAUUUCACAAUGGGACAUUCAGGAUCCAGGCACAAACCCGAAGCACGUAUACUCCUCCUAGGACUGGACAAUGCUGGGAAAUCGACUCUUCUAUACAAACUGAAAUACGAUGAGAACUUCCACACGGUUCCUACCAUCGGAUUCAACGUGGAGAUGAUCGAAGCCAAGAAGAACCGGGAUAAAAUCAGCCUGACCGUGUGGGACGUUGGAGGUCAGGCCAAGAUGCGAGCGUUCUGGAGGAACUUUUACCAGGACACGGCUGGGAUUGUGUUCGUCGUGGACUCCUCUGAUGUUAAACGUCUGGACGAGGCCAAGGGCGUCCUGGAGCAGUCCCUAAGAAGCGAGCACCUCAGGGGGCUCCCGGUGGUGGUUCUUGCCAACAAGCAGGAUAUUGUAGGGGCUGCAACGGUAACCGAGAUCACAGAGCAGUUUAACCUGAGAAAGAGCUGCAGUGACCGAGACUGGUUCAUUCAGCCGUGUUCGGCUCUGACCGGAGCGGGUCUGGUGGACGGUUUCAGACGAAUGGCACACCUGGUGAAAAUGACACCCGACGACAAUAACAUCAAAGAGACCGUCAAGUAUAUAAGAGCUAAAUCUGUUAUACAAAAGAAGUAGCGCCUGUGGUCACUCAUUAACCACUUUUAUUGUAGGCUCAGUGCUGUCCUGACUACAGUGGGAUGUAAUUACAGUACGUGCAAUCCUGAAGUGUUCAAAACAUGCAAUAUGCUACCUUGACUUGCAAAAUAUCACUCAGAGAUAGAUUAUUAUAAUGACCAAGGCUGAGUGAGAUAUAGUUUUAUAAAGAAAAAUGUCUCCAUUCUGCCAAAGUAAAAUGUUUAUCAUGAAUUAUGACUGUAAAGUACUGUUCAGGGUCAUGUGAAAGGAUUCGAUGAGAAACGAAGGGUGUUUUCACUCUUGGUUUGCUUUAACUGAAUUGAUUAUGUCUGUAUGGUUCAUUUUAAGCAAAAUAUUGACCAACAGCUGACCCGGUACCACAAAACCAGUCUUAAGUUGCCAAUAAAAUGG